UCUGCUUUUCCGUGAGCAUCAGCUGGAUCCAAGCCGUUAGGCGGCUUAGUAGAGUCAUAGAACUGAACUACGCUCCCAACUUACAAUGGGCCGCUUCUCGGCCAAAUCGAGGGACUCGACUAUUUUGUUGAGCUGCUGGCUCAUUCUACUCGCCGCAUGUCGCGGCGAGGACGAAUGGACUUACGGAAAUGGGGUCGCGCAAUGGCCGUAUCUUCAGUUGGACGAGGAGAAUCAGUGCGGCGGGUACUACCAGUCACCCAUUAACAUAGUGGACAGGUGGACAAUCUACGACCAGUCACUUGACGUCGUCCAGUAUUACGGGUACCUAGACCCGCUGCAAAACGUAUCCGUUGUAAACACCGGGCACACGGUUGAAGUGUCUUCGAGCAAAGCCAGUCAAGUUGUGAUCACUGGUCCGGGCCUCAAUGGAGUGUACGGUUUUCAACAAUUCCACUUCCACUGGGGAAAUCGCUCCAACAUCGGCUCCGAACACCAGAUCAAUGGCUAUGUUUUCCCUAUGGAGAUGCACCUGGUACACAUGAACAGGAAGUACAGCACGGGGGAAGAGGCCCUCAAGCAUCCAGACGGCGUCGCGGUCGUCGCGGUGUUCUUCGAGGUGAGCUGGAACGACAACCCGGCGCUGACGAGCAUCGUGCAAGCUCUUCGGAAGAUGCGCAAUGAAAGCAGCACUCGGGUGAACCUGGCUUACAUUCCGCCGCUGCGACAGCUGAUGCCCCAAAACGCACAGGAGUACUACCGCUACCAGGGCUCCCUCACCACGCCGCCGUGCUCGGAGGCUGUCACCUGGACAGUGCUCAGGAGUCCUAAUGGAAUCAGCGAAGCACAGCUGCAAGCUUUCCGUGACCUGAAGGUGGCCCCUGGCAACGGAAGCAGCACUGAAAAGCUUGUCAACAACUUCCGACCCAUCAAUCCCGUGAAUGGACGCUACGUCUUCAGAAACUUCCCAUAUUAGGACGCUGUACGCCAUCGAUUGUACGUGUUGUCUAUAAAGUGAGAAAAGAGCCAAAUAAGGCUCCGACAAAGACUAUAACUCAGCAUGGUCAAGCGAACAGGGCUGCAUCGCGAAUCAAUUUUCAUAGCUGAAUAGAUGCGAGCGGCUGUCCUACAGCCUCUUCAGGAGGACAGCCCUGACUGAAAAGCGCGAAGCGUUGGUCAGCUAUAGAAAUCAUGAGCAUCGCAGCAGGUAUGCAGUUCCGUACCAGAAGUACUUUCCGUAUUGAAACUGUCAAUUCGUGAAGGUAAACACGCAUCCGAGUGAAACCGAGCCGUGUUUAUAUUACACCUAUACCAUGUCGACUAUCCUCACAUUUCACUCACACUUGUCCGUAGACUCUCACAAAAUUUGCUCAAAAUACACAUCCUACUC